AUGCCUUACAACAUUGCCAUGGUCAGUGACUUUUUCUUCCCCCAGCCAGGGGGGGUUGAAAGUCACAUCUACCAAUUGUCAACCAAACUUAUCGACCGGGGGCAUAAAGUUAUCAUCAUAACCCAUGCUUAUAAGGGCCGCACGGGCGUCCGGUACCUAACAAAUGGCCUCAAAGUUUACCAUGUGCCGUUUUUGGUCAUCUAUCGCGAGACAACGAUGCCAACGGUCUUCUCUUUCUUCCCCAUCUUUCGAAAUAUCGUCAUUCGGGAACAAAUUCAAAUCGUUCACGGACAUCAGAGCUUGAGCAGCUUCUGCCAUGAGGCCAUUCUGCAUGCGCGGACAAUGGGUCUGCGCACUGCCUUUACUGAUCAUUCGUUGUUUGGGUUCGCGGAUGCCGGGUCAAUUCUGACCAACAAGCUAUUAAAGUUUACCCUCAGUGAUGUUGACCAUGUUAUUUGUGUCAGCCAUACCUGUAAAGAAAAUACUGUUCUGCGAGCCUCUUUGGACCCAUUGAUGGUUUCGGUUAUUCCCAAUGCUGUAGUAGCAGAAAACUUUCGACCAAUACAUGCCACUGCCCGUGCGAGUGAACGACUUAUCAGCGGGACACCACAAAUACAACCUCCACCGAGGCCAAUCGGCCCCGACGACAUCAUUACUAUUGUUGUGAUUUCGCGUCUAUUUUAUAACAAGGGCACAGAUCUUCUGAUCGCUGCAAUUCCCAGGAUUCUUGCUUCACAUCCGAACGUACGCUUUAUCAUCGCGGGCUCAGGGCCCAAGGCUAUCGACUUGGAGCAGAUGCUGGAACGGAAUGUUCUCCAAGAUAAAGUCGAAAUGAUCGGUGCUAUUCGACACGAAGAAGUUCGAGACGUUAUGGUUCGAGGCCACAUAUAUCUACAUCCAAGUUUAACGGAGGCAUUCGGAACGGUUAUUGUUGAAGCCGCCAGUUGCGGAUUAUAUGUGGUGUGCACUCGUGUUGGUGGCAUCCCCGAGGUAUUGCCUCAGCACAUGACGACGUUCGCAAAGCCAGAGGAGGACGACAUAGUACUGGCUACCAGCAAAGCCAUAAGCGCAUUGCGAUCCAACAAGGUUCGGACCGAACGGUUUCACGAUCAAGUGAAAGUGAUGUAUUCGUGGACGGAUGUGGCACGCCGAACAGAGCGUGUGUACAAGGGUAUCUCGGGGGAUAUUAGUCCCCAGGAAUUCUACGGAUACUACCCGGGAGAGAUUCAGGAAGCCGGCGAUAGGGUCCGCAACUUCAGUCUCAUUGACCGAUUGAAACGGUACUAUGGAUGCGGCGUCUGGGCCGGGAAACUGUUUUGCCUCUGCGUCGUGAUCGACUUCCUACUCUACACCUUUCUUGAAAUGUGGUUUCCCCGGGCGAACAUUGACAUCGCGCGAAGCUGGCCGAAAAAGCUACAUGAAGCAAACGGCAACAGCACCAAAGGCGAGAAAGAGCGCCUCGGUUUGACUUCCUAA